AUGGUUACAACCACGUACAAAAAGCUCAUCAAGUCUGAUGGCGUGGCCACCGAAUUGGAACAACAGGUUGCCAACCAUUUGACCGACCUGACCUCCACCGAGGACUUGAAGAACCAACUCUCCGAGUUGUACUUCGUUGGAGCCGAGGUAAGAAUUUUCCGUUGGCUUUUUCUUGUUUUAGGACUUGACCUGAGAAUUUACAAUCUCUUUUUUCACUGCCAAAUUAAAGAAUCGUAGGAGGAAAAUAAGGAAUUUCGUACUGUUUAGUCGUUCUCUUUUAAGUAUAAAUCUUCGAUUUUUGUGGGUUUGAGGAAAAUUUAGGUCUAUACGAAUUCAGCGAAAAUUUCGAAUUUGUAAAAGAAAAAAAUGCUGUGUAAAAUCUCAUUCUUUAACUUUUAGAAGCACGAAUUUGGAAACAAGAACGUGAUCAUCAUCUGGGUGCCAGUCCCUCAACUUCGCGACUACCAGCGAAUCCACAACAAGCUGGUCAGAGAGUUGGAGAAGAAGUUCAGCGGGUCUCAUGUUGUUUUCCUGGCCAAGGUAAGCUUUUUGAUUUUUGUUUUAUAUUCCCGAUAAACUUUUCAAGGUUUCUCGUGAUUUUUAGCUUUUUUUGAUGUUGUAGAUGAGAUCCGAAUUGAGGAAUAUGUAGUUGUUUUUGAGCUUGUUAUUGUCUCUGCGAUUUUGAAUCUCCUAAUUCUUGAUCUUUUUCAGCGCCGUAUCCUCCCCAAACCACUCCGUGGCAAAAACCGUCUCCCAGAAAAGCAAAAGCGACCCCGCUCCCGUACCUUGACCGCCGUCCAAGAUGGAUACCUGGCCGAUAUUGUCUACCCCGCCGAGAUUGUUGGCCGAAGAAUCCGCAUCAAGCUCGAUGGUAAACAAGUCCACAAGGUCCACCUCGACAAGGCUCAACUCACCAACGUUGAACACAAGGUCGACUCUUUCAGCUCCGUCUACAAACAGUUGACCGGAAAGGAAGUCGUAUUCGAAUUCCCCGAACCCCUCUUCUAA